AUGAAUCCCACGUCACGCUAUGCAUACUCACGCAACGGAGAUUUAGGCCGCGUCGACGAAAAGUGCUUAGUUCGCGUGCAGAUCCCCACUGUCGACUUGUCCGAUGUUGGUAAGGUACGUUAUCACGUACGCAUCACAAAUAUUCGCUCUGGGCAGGCAUGGGAGGCCCCACGUCGGUUUUCUGAGUUUCUUCAAUUGCGAAAUGAGCUCAUCGAGUUUUUUUUGAAGACUGACAAGAAGUGUCCAGGAUGUUGCAACUAUGAAAAGGUGCUGAAUCUUUUCGAAUUUCCGCGUAAGCACGUUUUCACUAGUGUCACGCAUGUCGUGAUUAAUUACCGCAAAAAAGCGCUUUGCAAUUUUAUUGCACUUCUUGCCUCGCACACAUUCACUACCACACCUAAGUGUCCGACAUGCAGUGGUUUUCCUUUCACAAGCGUUCGCGACUGGCUUACGACAGGUAUCGAGAUCGAUGUAAACGCUAACUCUGUCGGAUCAAUCUCAAUCGAGGCUAUUCGCGAUUCAAUCAAGGUAAAGGACUUUACAAAUUACCAUCCAGUUUCAAAUGCCAUGCCAGUCGACCAAGAGGGUCGUUUUGUGGGCAGCAUCGCUCCGAUUCCAUUUGCUGUCAACGUUAAUCCGACGAAUCAAACAGACAUCAGACGUCUCAACCCAUCGCAUCGUCAACCAGAACGUAUCACGCAGAAGAAAUGCAUAAAGUCCCAGCUUUGUCACAGCGAUGAUCCUUUAUCAAGUGUUCCGCUGUCGCCCUUUUGUGUGGAUAAAUGUUUAACACCAACGCAGGCGCACGGCGCACCGUUGCAUGUGCAGGCGAGCUAUCAAGGCGGCGUUGACAAUAAAAGCGAUGAAAAGCUAGACUCUCCCAAUCUUGAGAUUAGAUUGCAACAAGCUCAGGUUGCGUUCGAACCUUCGAACAGCGAUGGCUUACAUAUUUGCCAAUCGAAGACUGUCGAAAAGGAUCGUAUUGAGACCAGUCGCAGCUCAAUUGAUGACAAUGGCGAGCCUUCAUCUGUACAACAUCGCUCGGCCAGCAUAAUUGAUACUAAUGUUGUAGACAUUGAGGACGAUGAGGGGCUUAACAUGGACUUUAUGAAUGUGGUUUCUGUGGUCCCGAUCGCGAUCGAAUAA